AGCCCAGCCACCAGCUCUGGAGCAGGAGCAGCACAAGGGCCGGAGCACACGUGAACAUCUGUCUGUCUGUCUGCGAGCACCCGAUGCCCUCGCCUCAGUUCCUGCCGGCAAAGACAAGUCUCAGCGUCUCUCUGGGGCGGGAAGGCCUGGGACAGCGCUGACACCCGGAUCCGACCCAGGUCGUGAUGCAAGAGGCAUCGACAGAAGAGCUCCACAGCAGCCAAGGACGUGAGAACAACCUCCCAGAGCGUGCUGGGGCCCCGGGCAACCCGAGCAGAAGGACAGUGGUGACCGGAGGUGGCGGCUACCUGGGCUAUCACCUGGGAUGUGCUCUGGUCAGGUCAGGAAUCGCCGUUGUUCUGUUUGAUGUGCGGAAACCUAAAUGGGAACUUCCAAAUGGAGCACAUUUUGUCAAGGGUGAUGUGAGGGAUUAUGAUGCAGUGUUCAAAGCAUGUGAAGGAGCCGACUGUGUUUUUCAUGUGGCUGCAUGUGGAAUGUCAGGAUUAGAACAACUUCAAAAGAAAGACCAGAUUGAAUCCAUAAAUGUUGGAGGCACAAAAAUAAUCAUUGAUGUCUGCAAGCAAAGAAAUAUCCCUAGACUGAUAUAUACCAGCACAGUGAACGUGGUGUUUGGAGGGAACCCUAUUGAAGAAGGAGAUGAAGAAACGGUGCCGUAUUUUCCACUGGAAAAGCAAUUUAAUCAUUAUUCUAGAACAAAGGCAAUUGCAGACCAAAUGGUGCUUGCUGCCAAUGGAACUUUACUCAGAGGAGGGGACAAGCUCCACACAUGUGUGCUUCGUCCUCCAGGCAUCUACGGACCAGAAGAGCAGCGCCACCUGCCACGAGUAGCUGUAAAUAUCCAGCGCAGACUAUUUAACUUUAAGUUUGGGAAUCACAAAGUUCAGAUGAACUGGGUUCACAUAGGAAAUCUGGUAGAAGCUCACUUGUUAGCUGCGGAGGCUCUCACCUCUGAGAAAGGUUAUGUAGCUAGUGGUCAGGCGUAUUACAUACAUGAUGGUGAAAACGUCAUAUUUUCUGAAUGGAUAGUCCCUUUAUUUGAAAAAUUAGGCUACAGGAAACCCUGGAUACAUAUUCCUGUUCUUCUCGUUCAUAUAGCAGCCACAGUGAUGGAGUAUCUGCACCUGAUACUAAGGCCAGUUUUUAGCUUUACACCUUUCUUGACAAGGAAUGAGGUAUGGAACAUUACUGUAACUCACACGUUCCGAAUAGACAAGGCGCGAAAUCAACUUGGUUACAAACCCAAGAAAUUCUCAUUCGCUGAUGCUGUGGAUCAUUAUCUUAAAACAAGACCUACUUGUCAAGAAGAUCACACAUUCCCUAAAAUGCUGAUUGCUUUUGGCAUUUUGUUAAGUUUGAUCAUUCUUUCUUUCUUCUAAGAUUGAGUAACUACCCAUCUGUUCCAGAAAACCUGGGUUCGCUUCUGGGUAUUAAUGAUCUGGUCAUGGUACAUUCCUCAGUCACUAUGGACUUUACUGUUCUUAUGAUUAUGAUGGCAUCUCUCUGAUUUGAUUAAAAAAAUAAGUGAAAACACAGUGACACGUCAGGAAAUGUUCCCAGAGGACAAGGCAGUGUCACAACGGGAAACGGCUAACGGUUGCGGAAAUAGUUUUAAUGAAUCUUCUUUAAUAGAUUGCUUCAUGCCAAGAAUUAUUUUCUAAAAACGAUAAUUCAGAAGCAUAAGAAAUUGGAAGAAGAGAAACCACUUGUAGAACUGUAGUGCUGUAGUAAUUCCAGUGGCUCCGAUGAAGAAAAGGUUGACUAAACAAUUCCUCUGAUGAAGCCACUGCUGCCACUACUGUAUGUGAGUAUGAGGAAUUAUGAAGACCUGGGAAACAGUACCCAAAAUGUUAAAAGUAAAUAGUUAUAAAUAACAGGUGGUGAGGAGAGGACUGAAAGUCAUACUUAUGUAAAAUAGUUGUAUUGUUCAAAAGCUUUGUAAAAAUGUAAUAAAUAACAUUAUAUGUGUUUGUAAAUCAAAUAAUAUCCUUUCAAUGCAAUAAUAAAAAAUAACUGAACCAAA